CUCUUGGUCCCAGACUCAGCUGAACCAGGACAGCUGAAGAGGGAGCUGAGGUUUGUGUUGCCCAGGGCACACUUAGCAGGGUAUCCUGAGAAACUUCAGUCACCACCUGAGCAAACACACCAACAGCAACCAGGCACCAUACCAAAUCAGGUUCUGGUUACUAAGAACCUAAUUAGAAGGCCAAGAAGGUUGCCCAAAUCACUACGUGCUGGAGGAGAGGUUUCAUUUGGGGACUGUCUGAGUGUGCUCACAGGCCUGGUAAUUAGAGAAGAGACAUUUCAUUGAGAACCCACCUGGAGGACAGCAAAGCGUGAGAUUCAGAGAGGAAGGGGAUGGGACCCUGCGUCUCCACGGAGCUCAGCAGCAGUGGGGCAAGCAUGUCACAAAACAGCACCGUGCUCUAGAACACGCUCUGCAGCACCACGUCUCCUGGGCACGGCAACAUGACAGCCACCGGUGAGUUACCUUUCCUGGAGGCUUCGGCUUCUCCAAGCCCAUCCCAGCAGGGAAAAGUCAAGUCCUAGGAUUCAGAAACCUGUCCAUGACACAGCUGUGCUCUGUGCUUUCACCAAGGUGGACAUUUUCAAGGGCAUCCUUCCAUCAGUAGGCUGCAGCUUUUGCAUGCCAAUCCACCCCCCCUCAUAUGCAGUCACUCAGAAGUGAAUAAAACUUCACAGGAUAGCGAGAAGUCUUGGGUACUACUAACCCUGGCUUUGACAUCCGGGGUACAAGAGUGUCUGCAGUGAGUCCCUGUCACUAACCGGAGCCACAACCUACCUCCAGCUUAAUGAUGGCUGGUGAUUUCUAGGAACUUACUACCACCUGAAGAAGAGCCCUCACGGCAUCGGCACACCAAGGCAGAGAGGCUGGAGUAGCUACAUGAAAGCACAACAACCGUUUCCUCGCCUCACUAGCAGGGUUGCUCCUAGGGUCCGGGAAAGGAUGGAGGAGCACAGCUCCUCUCCUCCCAGCCGCAGUGCCUUCUUUCUCCUGUCUCACUGACGUUUUUCUGAGAGAACAGCUUUACAUUUUGUAAUAAUCCUGUUGGGCACCCUCUGGCUUACAGUGGAGUAAAGCCUGGAGGUGAUGCAGUCUGAGCUAAAGCAUUUCAGGGUCUGCCUCAAAACCAAAUCCUCCCAUGUGUGCACAGGGCAAGCCCAUACCACAUAUCCCCUACAGCUGUUCCAGCUUCUCAAAACUCUUCCUAUGGUUCACAUUUAUGUCAUGCCUGGCAACAAACCCCAGGUAAUUUUCUCUUCCUCCCCUAGCAACCAUAGCCUCUACGAAUAUGGGGGUUCUGCUGCAAGAUGAUGUUUUUGUCGACUUUUUCAACACCUUUCUGAACCUUCCCAUUUUUGGCCAGACACCCAUUUACAUCAGCAGCACUGGCCAGUGGGACCUCUGGCCAGAGCUACCAAGCCACCUGGAUCCCAGCCUCCCGGGUUUACUGACUUGGUUGGAAAAGCACCGGCUGCCUCAUUUCUGCAAAUCCAGCUUGUGCCUCCACUUUGUCCUCUGCCAGAAGCUUCUCAGUUUCAUUCGGUCGGAGGAAGCAGAGCUCAUGCCUCUGCUGCGGCACAGCCAGCGGUAUGGCCAGAGGGACCGGCUGGUGGAAGACUCCGGCAACAUGCUCACAGCAGUGCCCUCCAAGCUCUUUGAAACAAAACUGCUGAACUGGCAGAGCGCUGACCAGUGGCUGCUCGAAAAGUGCAUUAGCGGGAGCCGGGGCAUGUGGCGCUUUCGGGCCUUCAUCCAAGGACUGGCAGGAUCCACAGGGGAAGAACUAACCAAGUUUUGGCUCACGACUGAAAGGAUCCUGGGGCUUGACAAAUCGGACGUGACACAGAGAAAGCUCUACCUGUCCUUGCUCCAUGCGCUGAAAGCCACACACCUGCGGGAAGGCUCCAGGGUCACUGCUCUCUGCAGUAAACCCACGGGUAAGGACUAUCAGCGCUGGUCUGUGUCCGUUUCAGAGCCAGUGCAGAGAAUCACCGAGUGGCACAUGCAGCCCGUGAGCACCGGGAGGGAGACCCUGGGCAAGAUGCAGACACUAGCCCUGCUUAAGAUUCAGAAUUACUGGCUCCCUAACUUUUUCAUUCAUUGCAAGCUGAGCAUGGAGAAAGAGAAAUCGUGCUGGCCUCUGCUGCAGGAAUAUCGGGAGCGAUUACAGGCUGACGCACAGCAGCCCACAGGCUCUUGCAGUGAUCUCUUUACUAUGCAUAUUAAAAAGAGCCAGGCUUUGUCAGGGCCCUACUGCAGCAGGAAGGCCAAAGAGGAGAUGUGGACUCUCAUCAAAGGGGGAAAAGGCACCCAAGAAAUGACGAUGCUCAGGAGUUUGGAGGGGCAAUCUGAAAGAAAGUCAGGGCCAGCCAGGAGCCUGUGCAGUUCAGACACAGAGAAAUCAUAUCUGAGUGAGAAUGCUUUGGGGCUGAUAUCUCAGCAGUCAGAACCUCCUGCAAACACCGCCUUUGAAGACAAAGGAGGAGAGACCUCUCCCAAAAGCUCUUGCCCCGACAUAGAGCACUUCCUUCAACAGGAAGAGCUCUGUGAAGAGCAAUUGCUCUCUAACGUGCAUUUCUCUACACCGGUUGUCCAGCUGCCAUCCCUGCUAGGCCUGAAAAGGCCAGUCAAGUCCUCUUCCCCCUUUAGCUUACUUGCUUGGGCCCUGAGUGCUGAGGGCUGCGCAGGACAGCCCUUCAGGGAGUUCUUGAAGCGCAGGGAGCGACCUGUGGAGACUCAUCUUCUGGACCUGUGGCAUGACCUUGAGGAUUUUCUGUGCGUGGUGCUGGGCUCCAGCGGCGAAGGCAGUUUCUUCCUGCGUCAUUUGAUAGGGGUGAGGAUAUGCAAGACUUACCUGGGAAAAGGCUCCGUUCAGUAUCUUCCCCUGGAGACAAGGACUCUUAGGAACUUGCAGGACCACCUGCCCUCUGGAGAAGUCACUCCCUGGAUAUUCAAAGCCCAGGAAGAGAUUUGCAAGGUACAGAGUAGCACUGGUGGUGCUCAGGCUGAGGGGAACUGCUGGUGUUCCUCUCCUUGGGUUGGUAGGAGGACUUCGGGGCUGUUUAAGAAGAUAGGUGCUGUGCUCGGGUUCUUCUAUGAUGAAUUUCUGGCUGAAGACGAUGAGACGUUCCUUCAGUUUAUGUCUCCACAGAGCAGUUUCCCGAUGCCCGAGAUGCAAGGAGACACUGUUGAGAAAGAUGAACAUUUCCUCCUAGCCCAGCGGAUAAAUGAAUCCUUGAAGUUGAGCCAAGCUCUGUAUGGCAUGAGGGACUUGGAAAGUCUCUCCUCUGAGCACUGGCAAUUAAUUGCCACUCAGGACCUCCGGAAAGGGGGCUCGAUCCAGGUGGAGCUGGAACCUCCGGUGUACAGGAUAGAUUUCCAGAAGAUGACAUUCGAUGAGCUGGCUGUUAAGAAUCCCUUGCUGGCUAUGGAUCUGCUAAGCGAGAAUUACAAGCUUUUCUGUCUCAAAUUUCCAUCACUUGCCUCUGACCUCAAGCAUGAAAAGAAGAGGACCUUUCCUGUGAGCCGAACCAAAACACACGUGCCGAAGCCCACUGUUGUCAUAUUAGAGAAGCCAACUGUAAGACCCAGGUCUGGCACUUUACAAGACAGGGCUUUGCUAUUUUCUGAUAUUUCCACUCUCUCAGGAAGCAGGGGAGGGCACUUCAUGGAAGUAUUGCACAACCCUGCCCAUUUGGAGUUCUUCAAGCACUUCCUCAAGGAGCACAACACAGAUGGCCCACUGCGUUUCUGGCUGGCUGUGGAAAAGCAAAUCGCAGAGACCAACCCCAAGAGGCAACGCAUCCUCAUUAACAAUAUUGUCAAAACCUACUUCCAUGCCAAAAUCCCAGCUGGUAUGCACCCUCCCACCCUGUGCUUUACUCAAGUCAUGUUCAGGAGCAGUUCGCAGCAGCGGGCAGGCAGUGACUGCGCGUCUCUUUCAGAGGAGCUGCUGGACUGCUGUGCUUCUAUCAUCAGAGAAAUAAGUGAGGCCAAAGAAGUCAGCCCCGCCAUGUUGAUCACGGCACAGACCUUUGUCCAGAAAGCAAUGGAAGAACGAUGGUUUACAGACUACCAGGACCUGUUCCCCCCAGACGAUAUCUGUGAGCCUCACCUUCCUUUGCGGCGUGGAAGGGGGAACUUCAAGAGAGAUGACCUGUUCAUGGUGGCAGGUCUGAGCAGGAAGGGCUCUGCCCCAGCCCCACUCUCCCUGGGAGCAAGCUGCAUUGCUACUGCCACGAGAUUGCGCCCCAGUCCUCUGCUGCCUGGGCACCUGCCUGGGGCUCUGGCACGGGGUGAGGUGGGCUGUGCUGUGUCUCCGCAGAAAAGGGCCUGGGAAGCGAUUCGUGGCUGUGUCAAGAGCAUCUGCAAGUUCCGGAGGGAAAUGAACAACGAAAGAGCCCGUGCGGAGUUUGAGGACUUUCUCCGGAAGGAAGUACGAAAUCGAAAGGAAAGUAUGUCUAGACUCCUGCCACCCUCCUCUCCUUCCUCUCUGAGACAGUCCUGGGACAAGGAGGACAAGGAGGACAAGGAGAUGGUACUAGUGAAACGCCGUCUCUUUAAGAACCGGCUCAUUACUGUCAACUUUCUCGUCAAUGAUCUGCACUUUUUUCUGGAGAUUGACAAGUUUUGCAAGCUGGCUGAUUCAGCUAAAGCUCUAGCAGACUGCGACAAGCACCAAGACAACGAAGUUGCCUUUCUCAAAAACAAAGUCACCAUCAUCAGCAAUCUCUUCCUGAACUCCGAUAUUCCCCCCAAACUGCGGGUGAACAUUUCUGAAGCACAGAAAGAUUUAAUCUGCAGUUUAUCUUCCAAGGAGAUACUGGACCGCAGCCUCUACUACAGGGCCACAAUUGUCAUCUUCCCCAUCCUGAUGCACUUCUGGAAAAGGUACCUAUCCCACUUUCUUGAACUGGCAGAGGUUGUGUGGAUACCAGCCUCUUUCUCCGGCAACCUCUUCUGACACAGUGUAGAUGCAGAUGAGACACUCGUGAGGAGCUCAGCUGUAGGUGUCUGCUUGGAGGCUUGCUGUCUUUGACUUUAGUAUUUCUUAUGCAGGUUCUGCAUCAGGAAGGCAAUGAAGGGCUUCUGGGUCUCCCGGAAAAAAAAGAUGCCAAUCUCUUUGCCCAUUAAAAAACCCUCCUCCAAAUCAUCCGUCAUCUACAGUA